CGUGUGCAGAGCGAACAGUACGGCAGUAAAGCCUGACGAAGGCGUUUCGUUGUAGGCGCGCGCAAGUGAAUCGCCCGCGUGCCUUGGAUGAAGAAAAAGAAAAAAAAUUUUCCUCCGACAUCCGUUUAAAGCGACGGUACAGUUGAAGAAGAAACGGUCUUUUUGUUUUUUCGAGGAGACACGGGGAGUUGUGAAAAUCGAACGAUUGAUCGUGCGCGUCGCGUACAGUUACGUAAAUGGAUGUAAAUUUGAUCGGUUCUUUGAAAUUUAAAAAAAAUGAAAAAAAAAAAAACAGAAAAAAAAGAAGAAAAAAAACAAACCCCGUUAAGAGAAAAUCUCAUAUAAAUCGUUGUGAAAUGUAUACGGCGUGUAUAACUACGCAGAGGUAGAGAGUAUGGAAAAUUGGUACAUCGACGAAGACGGUGCGAAACUGUAGACGUAUCGACGAUUGAAAAGAUGAUCGUCGUUACAUUCGACGAAAUUUCAAGAGGAUCGGAAACUCGGUGCACGAAGACGAAACGUGAAAAUUGAAGUUCUGCGAUUUUUCGCCGAUCUUUAUUUUUUCUCUCUCUCUCUCUCACUCUGGCAUGUAAUCGUUCUUUCGUGGGAAAAAAAUUGGAGAAGAAAAAAAUAAUAAUUACGAAGUGAUGUAAAAAUUCAAAGUAACGACCAGUACGAGUGAUUUUUAAAAACUGAAAGAAAAAAGAAAAAAGAAAAAAAAAAAAAGGAAAACUCGAAAAGAAAAGACGACAAAAAUUUCGAUAUGGUAAUUCGCCGAUGUGUCGGUGGUUACAUACGUAUGUGUACAUAUAUACACACCUAUAUUGUACAUAUGUAACACGCGGCGAGACGUCGGUCAACAAAAUGGAUGAUAGAGAGCGGAGCGAUCGGUACCAUCGGAUUAUUCGCAUCGUGAUCAUGGCAAAUGGUCGGAAGGGUUCUGGUGGAUAUCUUUCGAAAUGCGGUCGAUUUUGGAAUACAAUUACCCGUCGAAGAGAUGAUGAUUCUCAUCGGACAGAUCUCCGUAGAUCCCGAGCCAUCGGUGAGAUCGGAACUCGUGGAACAGGUGCCUCACGUUGCCAUGAUAUGCCAGGAGGCAACCAACCGGUUCGGUCACGUACUUCCUCAACAUCUACUCGGAAUCGUUAUCGAUUUUCUAAGAGACGACGACAACCAGGUUAGAAAAACCGCCCAAGCAGCGCUCCUGGUUUUAAUGGAGAGAGGAUUGCUCGAGAAGGAACCGAUCGAGGAAUUGAUAUGUCCGUCCGUAUUAGAACUUUCAUACGUCAGCGAUCCAUCGCCCGAAAUACACAUGGGAGCUGUCACCCUCAUGUGCAAGAUGGCCCCGCUGAUCGGUAGAGAACUUACGGAGAGGCUGUUCCUGGGCAGAUUCGUAGAUCUUUGCGUGGACGAAACGUUUUACGUGAGGAAAGUCUGCGCGGCUAAUUUCGCCGAUUUUUGCGCCGCCGCGAGCAGAACGUCCGUUGAAAAUAUACUGCUACCGAGGUUCAUAGAUUUGUGCACGGACGAGGUUUGGGACGUACGAAAAGCUUGCGCCGAGGUCAUGAUGUCCGUCUCCUGUUGCGUGUCCCUCCGUCAUCGACAACUCUCCCUGGCGCCGGUUUUCGCCGCCAUGUUAUCCGAUAUAUCGAGAUGGGUCAGAAUAUCCGCUUAUCAAGCGCUCGGGCCGUUCAUAGCAACGUUCGCUCAGCAGUUCACCGAAUUGUCUUACAAUCAGUACGGAGAAGUCGUCUUCACGGAUCAACGGGGCACAGAAUUGAAGUACAAAUUAUCCUUUUCGAAUCCCCGUCCCACGGUGCUCGCGGAGGUCCUUUACUUCGGCGACAACACGGACGACAAUUUCGAGAGCGAGGACCGCGGAAUCCGCAAAAGGUGCAGAAGGACGGGGUGGCGGAAAACGUCCGACGGGGACACCACCACGGCCGACGGCGAGGUAUCCCACGACGACACGGAGAAAUUCAAUCCCUUCCAAUAUUACUACGUGUCGCCGGAAAUGCCGUUGGAUCUGGAGAUAGUCGAGGCGGGCAGAUCGCCCCCGAAGGACGAGAACGACGAACGGAAGGAGGAGAACGCGCCGGCGGAGAGCCGGGACAACAAGGUCAAAGAAUCUAAAGAAAAUUCGCAGCGCGAGGGGGCCUCGAACAACGACUCUCAACGGAAAGGGCAAUUCGAUAUCGGCGCCAACUCCCUGGCGAAUUUCGAGUACAAACGACGCCUGGCCAACUACGACCCCGGGUUAAACGACACCAUGGAAGUUAGCUCGGACGACUCGUGCGACGCGGCGGAGGACGCACCGAGGCCGGAAAUCAACCCGGCCGACAAAUACGAUUCGGACGGAAGCUACCAGUCCAUCGUGCCUCAAACUCUCAUAGACAAUUUCGUGAUGUUGCCGUCGUCCUCGUUGGCCACCGACAUGGACGCGAAGAUACCCCACCACUGCGCGUUCAGUUUCCCCGCGGUAGCUUUGACCCUGGGAAGGGGAAAUUGGCACCUGCUGGUCGACGCUUACAGAACGCUGACUUGCGCGCUCCAGUGGAAAGUCAGACGCACCCUGGCCUCCAGUAUUCACGAGUUGGCCAUUAUACUGGGCGAGGAUCUGGCGGCCAGAGAUCUCGUCCCGAUCUACGACGGCUUCAUCAAGGACCUGGACGAGGUGAGGAUCGGGGCCCUCAAGCACCUCGCCACCUUCCUCAAGGUCCUGAGACCGCAGGACCGCCGCCAGUAUCUGCACAGGUUCGACGAUUUCUUGGUCACCGACCCCGAGUGGAAUUGGCGAUUCCGCGAGGAACUCGCCAAUCAAUUGUUGGAAGCCGUGGACCUGUUCAAUCCCGUCGACGUUUCCGAGUGGAUAACGACCGUCGCCCUUCAUCUUCUCGUUGACAAGGUCGCCGCGGUCAGAACGGUCGCCCUCGCCUUGGUCACUCAAAUAAUAUCGUAUCUGUCGGUCGACGAGGCUUUGGUCACGGCGUUGGUCCGAGAACUUGGUAACAUGUUUCCUCGCUCGGCAAAAUGGACGCAUAGGCAAACCUACGGUAUACUGUGCUCCCAGCUGAUAACGAACGGCGCCAUAACCGCCGACAGAUUUUCGAGGGAGAUGUUGCCGCAUUUGAUAGAUCUGUCUUUGGAUACGGUGCCGAACGUCAGACUGUCAGUUGCCAGGACAUUGGCGAGAUACGUGGCUACGAGAGGACCCGAGUGGCAAGGGGGACCUGAGCAAGCGGAGGCUGUGAAAACAAAAUUGAAACAUUUACGGCAGGACGCUGACAGGGAUGUCCGCGAACACGCGGUCCUGAUAAGGACGCAUUAGCGUACGGAGGAGAAAAAGGAUAGAAAAAUGGUUCGAUCCUUUACGCCGGGGGGUGCAUCGGUUUGGAAAUAAUCUUCUACCGGCCCCCGUUACCACCCACCAUGUGUUUGUUGGACCUCUGUGAUUCCGAUUGUCGAAUGAAUGUACGCCGAAAAACAAGGAUUAGAUAAUAUCCGUCAAAUUUGCGAAUGCGAGUGGAAAGAAUAACUAGUUUUAUUUUAUUUUAUUUUUUCUUUUCCAUUCUUUACUACGAUUCUUCUUUGCCCUCGAGCCUUGUUACUAAUCGACACUAUUCCAAUAUUUUUUUUCUUUUUUUCCAUCAACCACUACCACUACCUUUACAGCCCGCUGUUAUCACUUCUAAUUAUUUCCUGCAUCGUCGAUAUUCCCAGAAAAAAAUUCCUAAGAUUGUCGCGACUAAGUAUUCGUAUGAAACAAAAAGAAAAAUAAAUAAAAAAAAUAAUAAUCGAAAAACAAUAUAAAAAAAAAAUAAUGAAAAAAAUAACGAUAAUAAAUAAAUAGGGAACUUUGAUAGAAAUAGAUAGGAUAAUGUGAAAUACGAGCUUUUCUGUAAUUUCUAUAUAUUGUAACAACGUAUAAGUUGUCUGUAAGUAUACUCGAGAAACGAAUCAAUUUCCUUUUGAUAUGAUGCGCCUGGUUUACACCGAAACUUGUUAUAUACGUCAAUUGAAAUUGGGCUCGUUAAAAUAUUCGUGAGUCCGGUGAUAAUUGAUGAUUGUUCAGCCACUCCCCCCCCACCCCCCACCCCGUCAGACUCAUUUUCGUUAAGUAGUAAGCGUUAGAAAUUUUAAAUGUUCAACAAUUUUUUCCUAUGAAAAACAAGAGAACAUUUCAUUUAAUUUUUAUCCAUUUUUCUCUCGUCUUUGAAAUUUUUAUAGAGUUGCGGCCUCAUUCCUCCCCCUCUAGCCCCCCCCCCCCUCGCCCCGCCCCAUAGUAAAACGCUGAGACAAAAAUGAAAUUUUCACGUCACCGUAAAAGCGACAGCUUAAAUCCCUCCGAAUUUCGCAAUGACGUCAAAUUCUCUGAUGGUUUGCGUUGAAAAACGUCUUCGCUACCGUAAGAAAAACGUUGGCGUUUACCGCCGAGCUCAAUUCUUAAUUACCUAAUUCACGAUUAACGAUUGAAUAACGUCUGGCGAGUGUAUGAAAAAAUCAGUUCGAGUUACCGGGGGAACUUGAUAUUCUGUGAGAUAGAUUAACACUGUAGAUUCGAAUAGUUAAGAUAUUAAUAAAACGGACGAAGCAAACAAAACGUAGGAAAAAAUGAAUAAAUAAAUAAUAAACAAAUAAGAAGAAAAUAACAUCUAUUGUGAUGCGGUAAAUUUUUCUUAUCAUACGUAAUAAGUACCAUAAAAUGUGCAUCAUCGUUGUGAUCGCCAUAGAUGAAAGGAAAAAAAAAAAAAAAAAAAACAAUAAUAAUCCUUUUGGAUAAAUCUUUUAGAGUUAAUAUCGAACGAAAAUGAAUAUACAUAUAUAGAUAUAAAUAUAUUUUUUUUUAAUUCAUUUUUGUCGUCGUGUUAUCGAUGACAAUUUUUUUACCAAAUAAUCUUAGGUACUGGCUACGCUGCUAAUGCCGUAUGCAAUUGUACAGAAGACGAUGAUGUCGAUUUCCGUCUCUUUAUAAGAUAAUGAUAAAUAUGAUAAUUUAGAUUACGGAGUAUUGGGAAGAAUGGGGAAACGACUGUAUAAAUAAUGUAAAAAUAAAGAAAAAAAAAAAAAAAAAA